AUGAGAGACCUCCACAAGUCUAGCGUGCUGGGGAGCAAGCACGGCAGCCUGAUGUCAUGGCGCCCGCAGUACCGCAGCUCCAAGUUUCGGAAUGUCUACGGGAAGGUGGCGAGCCGGGAGCACUGCUUCGAUGGCAUCCCCAUCACCAAGAAUGUCCACGACAACCACUUCUGCGCUGUCAACGCCCGCUUCCUUGCCAUCGUGACAGAGAGCGCCGGCGGGGGGUCCUUCCUCGUCAUCCCCCUCGAGCAGACAGGCCGGAUCGAACCAAACUACCCCAAAGUCUGUGGUCACCAGGGCAACGUGCUGGACAUCAAGUGGAAUCCCUUCAUUGAGAACAUCAUCGCAUCAUGCUCCGAAGACACCUCGGUGCGGAUCUGGGAGAUCCCCGAGGGAGGCCUGAAGAGGAACAUGACGGAGGCUGUCCUGGAGCUGUAUGGGCACAGCCGGCGCGUCGGCCUCGUCGAGUGGCAUCCCACCACCAACAACAUCCUCUUCAGCGCUGGCUAUGACUAUAAGGUCCUCAUCUGGAACCUGGACAUUGGGGAGCCGGUGAAGAUGAUCGAUUGCCACACGGAUGUCAUCCUCUGCAUGUCUUUCAACACCGAUGGCAGCCUCCUGGCCACCAGCUGCAAGGACAAGAAGCUGCGGGUCGUGGAGCCGCGUUCCGGCAGGGUCCUGCAGGAGGCCAGCUGCAAGAACCACCGUGUCAACCGGGUGGUCUUCCUGGGCAGUACAAAGCGGCUGCUGACGACAGGGGUGUCACGCUGGAACACGCGACAGAUUGCCCUCUGGGACCAGGAAGACCUGUCCAUGCCCCUGAUAGAGGAGGAGAUUGAUGGGCUCUCAGGUCUCCUCUUCCCUUUCUAUGAUGCCGACACUCACAUGCUGUACUUGGCUGGCAAGGGCGAUGGCAACAUUCGGUACUAUGAGAUCGGCUCGGAAAAGCCCUACUUGAGUUAUCUCAUGGAGUUUCGCUCCCCAGCACCGCAAAAAGGACUGGGGGUGAUGCCGAAGCACGGGCUGGACGUGUCGGCCUGCGAGGUCUUUCGGUUCUACAAGCUUGUCACCCUCAAGGGGCUGAUCGAACCCAUCUCGAUGAUUGUGCCGAGGAGGUCAGAAACAUACCAAGAGGACAUUUACCCGAUGACUCCGGGUACGGAGCCAGCCCUGACGCCGGAUGAAUGGCUGAGCGGGGUGAACAGAGAUCCCAUCCUGAUGUCGCUGAAGGAGGGCUACAAGAAGACAUCCAAAAUUGUCUUUAAGGCACCAGUGAGGGAGAAGAAGAGCGUCGUCGUUAAUGGCAUAGACCUGCUGGAGAACGUGCCGCCCCGGACAGAGAACGAGCUCCUUCGGAUGUUCUUCCGACAGCAGGACGAGAUCCGGCGGCUGAAAGACGAGCUCUCGCAGAAAGACAUACGGAUCCGACAGCUACAGCUGGAGUUAAAAAACUUGCGUAACAGCCCGAAGAAUAAUUAACUUCCAGGGACGUUUUAUAAAUAAACUUUCUUUGUUUAUACUUGCUCUUUAAUUUUAUUGUAUCCACUUACACAGAAUAUGAGCCAGAAGUCAAGUGACCUGCCA